CCUGUUGCUCAGGGUCAGCUGGACAUGGAGGGCGCCCUGACUGCCAGGGGCCGGGUGGGAAUCCAGGAUUUUGUCCUCCUGGAUGAAACCACAGAGGAGGCCUUCCUAAGCAACCUGAAGAAACGCUUCAACAAGGAUCUCAUAUAUACGUACAUCGGCACUUUGUUAGUGUCUGUUAAUCCUUACAAAGAGCUGGACAUGUACAAUAGCAAACAGAUGGAUCUCUACAUGGGUGUCAACUUUUUUGAGCUUCCACCACACAUCUACGCCUUGGCAGACAACGCUUACCACACCAUGCUGACAGAGUUCAACAAUCACUUCAUCCUCAUCUCUGGGGAGAGCGGAGCUGGAAAGACUGAGGCCUCCAAGAAGAUCCUGCAGUAUUAUGCCGUCAGCUGCCCGAGCACCGCUCUGCUCAACACAGUCCGGGACAAAAUGCUCAUGUCCAACCCUGUCCUCGAGGCUUUUGGGAACGCCAAAACACUGAAAAACGACAACUCAAGUCGGUUUGGGAAGUAUAUGGACAUUCAGUUUGACAGUGAGGGGGAAGCAGUCGGAGGCCACAUCCUGAACUACCUGUUGGAGAAGUCGAGGGUGGUGCACCAGAAUCACGGGGAGAGAAACUUCCACAUCUUCUACCAGCUGGUGCAGGGAGGAGAGGACGACCUGCUCCACCAGCUGGGCCUGGAGAGAGACUGCCAGCACUACAAGUAUCUAACCCAGGGAGAGUGUGCCAUUGUGUCCUCCAUUAAUGACAAGAACGAAUGGAAAACGGUCAAAAAUGCACUGCAGGUCAUCAGCAUCGACGAGAUUGACACUAAUCACUUGUUUGGAAUAGUUGCGAGUGUCCUCCAUUUGGGGAACAUUGAGUUUGACCCUGACAGUAAAGGCCGUGCCCUCCUGACCAACAAGGCAGCGCUGCGCUGGGUCUCAAAUCUACUCGGGGUCGAUGCUCACACUCUGCAAGAGGGACUGACCUCCAGGAAGAUCGAGGCCUAUAAAGACCAGGUCCUCAGCCCGUUCUCAAUCGAUCACGCCAUCUACGCCAGAGAUGCCCUGGCUAAGGCCAUGUACGGACAGACCUUCACCUGGCUGGUCAACAGGAUCAACGAGUCCAUGGAGAACAAGGACUCUACAAGAAAGACUGUCAUAGGGCUUCUGGACAUUUAUGGCUUUGAGGUGUUCUACGUUAACAGUUUUGAGCAGUUCUGUAUAAACUAUUGCAACGAGAAGCUGCAGCAACUUUUUAUCCAGUUGACCCUCAAGUCUGAGCAGGAGGAAUACGAAGCGGAGGAUAUCGAGUGGGAGCCCGUACAAUUCUUCAAUAACAAGAUCAUCUGCGAUCUGGUUGAGGAGAAACACAGAGGAAUCAUAUCCAUACUGGAUGAGGAGUGUCUGAGACCAGGAGAAGCCACAGAUCUCACCUUCCUGGACAGACUGGAGGAUAAGAUGGGAAAUCACCCGCACUUUGUCACGCACAAACUGGCCGACAAAGUGACACGUAAGACUCUGGAGAGGGGAGAUUUCCGUCUCCUGCAUUAUGCCGGGGAGGUCACCUACUGUGUUGUGGGUUUCCUGGACAAAAAUAACGACCUGUUAUACAGAAACAUAAAAGAUCUGAUGUGUCAGUCUAAAAAUGCCAUAGUCAGAGAGUGCUUCUCCACCAUGGCUCUAGACAGCAGGCGGAGACCAGAAACAGUGGCGACCCAGUUUAAGAGCAGCCUGCUGAAGCUGACAGAGAUCCUGAUGGCUAAGGAGGCCUGGUACAUACGCUGUCUUAAAUCCAAUGAGUCCAAACAGCCAGGUCAGUUUGACGAAGCCCUGAUCAGACAUCAGGUGAAGUACCUGGGCCUGAUGGAGCACCUCAGGGUCCGACGAGCGGGUUUCGCUUACAGACGCAAAUAUGAGGUGUUCUUGAAGAGAUACAAACCUCUGUGCCCGGCCACCUGGCCUCACUGGAGAGGAAUGCCCGCGGACGGAGUGGAAGUGCUGAUUCAACAUCUGGGCUACCUGCCAAACGAAUACAAAAUGGGGCGAACAAAAAUAUUCAUCCGCCACCCGAGGACACUUUAUGCCACAGAGGAUGCUUAUGAGAGAUGUAAACAUGAACUAGCGACAAGACUCCAGGCCAAAUACAGAGGUUACAGGGCGAAAGGAGAAUUCAGGAAACAAAAAGAAGCUGCCACUAAGAUUGAAACUUGUUGGAGAGGAGUGCAGGCUCGGAAGGAGAGAGAGAAGAGAGCCUGGGCUGUGAAAGUCAUCAAGAAAUUCAUUAAAGGCUACAUGACCCGAGGAGAGGCUAAGAACACGGACAACUCCGAGUACCUGGUCUUUGUGAGACAGAGUUACUUGAACCGACUCAAACUCAAUCUGCCAAAGACCGUUUUGGAUAAAACCACCUGGUUGACUCCACCAGCUGUGGUCAAAGAGGCAUCAGAGACCCUGCGUACGCUUCACUACCGCCUCAUGGUGCGGAAGUAUGUGAGGGGAAUCACACCCCAGAAGAAAGCACAGAUUCAAAUGAAACUUGUCACCAGCUCCCUCUUCAAGGGGAAAAAGGACGGCUAUCCACAGAGUGUUGCUUUACCUUUCUCAGACACCAGAAUCAGUGAACAAGACAUAAACCCGAAGGUCCUGCAGUUGAUUCGUAAUGAGCGCAUCAAGUACACGGUCCCGGUAGUAAAGUAUCACAGGAACGGUUUCAAACCGAAGCCUCGACAGCUCAUCCUCACCCAGACGGCUGCCUACGUGGUGGAUGAGGCCAAGGUCACUCAGAGAGUCGUCUACAGCUUCCUCAAAGGUAUUUCAGUCAGUAAUCUGACUGAUGGCACCGUUGUUUUCCACAUAACAUGUGAGGACCCCAAACAGAAGGGGGACCUGGUGAUGCAGUGUGACCACUUGUUUGAGUGUUUGACCAAACUCGCUGUCAUUGCUAACAAACAAGACGUGGUCAAAGUGGUUCAGGGCAGUAUCAAGAUUGAAACCCAGCCAGGGAGAGAGAGUGCAGUGGACUUCAGCACUGGACCGGAGCCCAUGGUGUACAAGGCCAAGAACGGACACCUCAUGGUGGUUACCACUCGGGCUCGGGUACGGUAACGUGUGAGGAGGAGGAGACACACAAGAAGCCUCUGCAUAUUUCAUCAGGAGACCCCUGAAGGGAAGACAUGUCUGCGCCUGAGCAGAAAGAGCUGCACUUUACAAACCCUGGAUAAACUCAUUUGUUUGACAAUACAUCUUUGUCUUUCAUCCACUCACAGCAGCGAAGAACUAAAAGUAAUUUUGCACUAAAGAAUAUUCAAAUGCAAUGAAAUGUUAGUUUCACCAUCUUUUUAUCUUCGUGGUUUUUUGCACUUAAGUUGAAA